AAUUUGUCUAAUAAACUAGACCAUUCUGUUGCUGUGUAAAGUUUGAAUGAUCAGGUGAAUUGGGGUGAAUUAACUCACACAAUUUCACAAGAAUGGCCACACCUUCCCAGAUGGAGUUUGCUGUGCAGAUGACAUGCAAUAGUUGUGUGGAAGCUGUAAAAAAAUCUCUUGAAGGGAUAGAAGGUAUCCAGGGGGUCGAUAUCAAUCUCUCUAAGGAGCAGGUGAUUGUUACUACUCUGCUUCCUUCCAGUAGAGUGACUGAACUCUUGGAGUCAACAGGACGUAGAGCUGUCUUGAAGGGUCAAGGGUCGAAUGUCACGGGUAAACCCCUUGGAGCAGCUGUAGCUUUGCUAGAGACAGGAGAGUCUGUCCGAGGAGUGGUUAGAUUACUCCAGGUAGCUCAGGAGACUUGUAUCAUUGAUGGGACUAUUGAUGGUCUAUCACCAGGCAAACAUCCUCUCCGCAUCCAUCAAUAUGGAGACAUUUCUGAGGGAUGUGCAAGUUGUGGCAACAUAUUUGAUGCAAGAGGUAUACUUCAUGGAGAGAAGGCUGCAGAACAAAAGGCAACAGGAUAUCUUGGUGAGAUUGUUGCAGAAGACAAUGGCAGAUCCAUAUUCAGAAUGGAAAAUGAUCAACUCAAGGUUUGGGAUGUUAUUGGCCGAUCUAUGGUUGUUGGAGAAAAGUCUGAUGUCCCCACAGAUAUUGGAGCUAAACUUGGUAUUGGAAUCUCCUGUGGUGUGAUAGCUAGAUCAGCAGGAUUAUUUGAGAAUACAAAAAAGAUAUGUGCCUGUGAUGGUAUCACACUUUGGGAUGAGAGAGAAGUGCCUGUCGCUGGUAAGGAAAGAAGUGAGUUCGCAAAGAAAAAAGCUGGAAAACUCUAGCUCGAUAGCAAUAGAUAUUCAUUAAUCUGUUAUCAUUGAACUGUAGUACUUUGUCUGCAUAUAUUAAGAUUUGCUAUGCCAGGCUUAUCUGAGACUUUUUUACAAGAAUUCCCUGUGUAUGAAAGUAUGCAUGUAUCGUCGCAUGCCCGCACAAAGGCUGCUAUCGCGUGCUGCAGGGAAAAGUUAGUUCUUAGAUAUUGUCCAAAAUGACAUAGAAAUUGACACAAAAAUCAUUGAAAUAGCUUAUGAAGAAGCUGAAAUAUACAAUUUUGACGAAAAUGGGUUGGGGUCAACAACCUUUUUGCCACAAAUUGUUUUUUGGGCGGCACCCCCUCAAUUUUUGACUGAUUUUUCUGAAAAAGGUGUCAAUGCUCAGGAGCACAAGCUGCAUCUAUAGAGCUGGUCCUCUCUGUGAUCUGAAACAUCAACAUUCUAUAGCUCACCACUAUUUAAAGAUUUAGAUAUAUAGAGGUUUAAAGCACUCCCCUUGUUUUAUACCUUUUCAUUGUUUAUACUUGUUAUAUAUAUGUAUUUGUUACAUGUAUGCAGGGCCCCCAAGAAAAACAGUGCUUAGUCCAUUGAUGGGGUUACCUUGUUGAACAAAAUGAAAUAAAUAUAAGCUCAUUUUGGCAUAUUAGUGGCCCUUUUAACCUCAAACAAAAGCUUCCUUUUUAUUCCUGAAAAGUAAGUCUUGUUUUUGCUACUCACUGUUUUCUGUUUGAUAUAAAAUUCACAUUUUUCAAUAAGGUUCUUUCCAAAGAAAGUAAUUUUUUAACAUAUUGAAAAAUUCAAUUAGGGUAUUCUAGCGUAAAUGCUCCAUAAUUUCACUUCUGAUAAAUAGCCAUAUUUUCUCACUCCCUGCAUAAAAGAGCCCCUUCACUGCCAUGCUAUUAUGUGCACUUUUUUAUUCUUGGUUCAAAAUACUAAUAUUCUCUGGUACAAUGGCAAAUAUUUAUGCUUGAUCACUCCAUCCGUUGUCAACAAAUACACCUCCUAUGCACUUGCCUACUAUAUAUCGUUUGAUUAUUAAAGGGCAGGUUGUUUUCGCUUAGAACGCCCCUUCAUUGCAAUGUCUUAUUACAUUACGCCGUAGACCAUGUUUUAUUUUCACAGAUGAAAAUAUGCAAACUGCCCAUCACUUCAGUACCCUAUUUCACACUAUAUUGUUGUUAGCAUAUUAACACAUAAAUAGCACAUAAACAUGAUACUCUUUUUUGUACUUCAGAAUACGAUAAACAUCGUUUUGAAUACUAAAUGCUAUGUUUUAUGUACAUGUAUCUGUUGUGCUGCAUUUCUUGGACAUCAUAAUGCCGUGGCCUUGAAGGUUGAUGCCUUACUGUUGGCCUUAGAUUAGAGUUCAUGCCUUGACUACAAAACUAAUAAUGGAUGGACACAGUUCUUAUUUAUAAGCCAGCAUGAAAACAGGAAGUGCAAUGGACAUGCCAGAUUCUAAACUUUAUUCUUUAAUAGCCACUACUUCAUUGCUAACUUGUCCUUCACUCGAUUCAACUGGGAGGCUUUGAUAGAAUCCCUUUAACUGGUUUGGGAUGAUAUCCGCCUUCCACAAAUCAAGUAGAUCAUGUUUCUUCUCAGGAGCAAUUCCAAUAGGAUGCUCAUACAUGGUCUGCAGCGCAUCCCUUUGGCAUCUUUGAUUGCCAUGGACACGAAUCUCCUGGAAAUCCUCUGUGAAGUUUGUCCAAACCUUUUCUGCACCCUUUUCUGGCAGAUUAUGAGUUAGACAGCCAAUUGACUCCUUUGCCAGUGAUUUCCUUACCAUGAAUGCGGCUUUUGUGCAUUUGACUGCAUAAUUUUGUGACCGCACAAAUGCCAUAAUACAAAUAGCGGCCUUUGUGCAGGGAAAUUUUGUAUCAAAGGGAGAUAACGGCCUUUAAGAAUAAUUCAAAAACAAAGAUGUAUCUGGAAAAAAGUGACAUCAAAUUGUAGCAUUUUUUUAUUUCCUACUUGAUACAGAGAAAAAGUUUUUUUCAAAAAUUUUGACAAAAUUUGCAGAUAGCGGCCUUUGUGCGGGCAAGCAACGAUAUAAGUUUGAACAUGUUUGUUCAAUUUUGUGUUUAUGCAUUUAUUGCCAAAGAUAUACAUUAUUCAGGGUGUAAUUGCCCCAGUAUGAGAUGAAUGAUGGGUCAAAUUUGAAUUUUGAAUUCAAUUGCCUUUUGCUUUUGAUAUUAGUACAUAAAUCUGUAUGUCUUAUCAGUUUUAUGUCAAAAAAUUGACAUUAUACAGAUAAAGAUAAUGUUUUAAAAUAUUUGUUUACAGCUGUUACAAUCAUUGCAGAAAAAUGAGAUAGGCCUUAAUAUACUGUAUGUAUGCUGUUAUGGAGCUUUCGAAAAUAUGACAGAAUAUUCAGAUGAUGAUAGAUCUGGACACAUUCAAUCCAAAACAGAAUUUUGUAAUCAACCUAAAUAAAAAUUGAACUUAGCAUGUACAGUUCAUU